AUGGCUGAGCGAGAUGCCCAACUCGCUGAUGAGUUCUUGAGGCAACUAGAUGCUAAGGCCUCUAGUACCGUUUUCGACAGUCCCCAUCGGUGCUCGAGGACUGUCGACCGGAAGAGGAAUCAUGCGAGAAAACGAUCAUCGACCACUCGGCCGAGUAGUUUACAAUCCCUCACCUUGGAAGUGGAGACCAUCGAUGAGAAAAUCUCGGAGGCUCGGAAAAUGGGGCUCCUGAGCGAUCCAAAUGUUGGGAAAGCCACCGCUGCUGGUCCUCCCGACGUGUUAGUGAAUCUGACUAGGGACAGAAGCUUGACCACGCCCAACAGCGCCAACUACCUUAUGACGCCUCCAAGCCUUAUGGACUCUCCUACACCGGUCCUCCUUCAUGCCAAAGUCAUUCGUUUCCUAUGGGCAUGGAUUCCCCUGGGGAGUUACAGACUCACUUACUACCCCGCUGGGAAAUUUCUCCCGUCCUCUCAGUUGACUCCUGUACGGUUCAGUCCGCUCUGGGGACAGCAAAAUGAUGGUACCGGCGGUGCGGCCUCCGAAGGCAUCAUGGAACAGUUCUACUGGCCGGCAGGGUCACAGAAAGCUACCCGUCGUUUGGCAUCGACAGGUUGA